AUGGCGGCACUGGAUUUGCGAGUCGUCGCUGCGGCGAGUUUCAUCCCGGCGUUCCCAUUGCUACUGGCAGAGGGUAUCGUAUCCCACCAUGCGGUACCGGCCGUCGGUCUCGUACCGCUGGCAUUCUCGUCGGGCACGUCGUUGUUCAUCUUUCUGCGCAUGCGAGUGCAUCAUAAGCGAAGGAGACACAGCCAUGGCAGCCACAGUAGCAGUUCCAGUUCCGAAUCUGAGGAUGAAGAGGCGGCGUGUGAUACCGAGCACCCAAUCAUCUACUUUGUGAUAGAUCUCAUACUGGCAGCUGCACUGUUGGUCGUGCUGGUCUUUUCUUGGACCAAGUCGGAUGAGCUCAGUGGAAAGGUAGCGGCACUGGCUGCGUAUGCUACGAUUCCUUUAUUGAUCAACUUCUUGAUUCAUGUAUAUUUCUCGGUACGAAGCCUCUCCGCAGGUCUUGCACUCUACGAUCUGACGCAAUACUUCGCCCUGCAGAUCGUCCCGGCCGAGUGUCCCCACUGCGAGCACCGGAUCCGGCCAACCUCGCUCCCGAGGAUCCCUUGGUUCCACCAGGCUCGUCGUAUUAAGCUGAUUCCCGGCACCAAGGGUGUCAAGGUCCCCGAGUUUGAGGGUUCGGGCUGGUUCUCCAAGAAGAGAGAAUGGCAGGCUCCCAAGUGGCUCAGGAAGAGACAGGACUCUGAUGAUCAUGGUGGCAUGUUUGCCCGCCACGAUGAUGACGACGAGCACGAGCGCUACCGGGAUGAGCCCGAGCACGCCGGUCCCGCCGAUCGCGUCGUUGAGCCUGAAGAGGUGCAGAUUGCUGGAAAGAUCAAGAAAAAGGUCAGAGAGGGCCUCUUCCACCACGGCGAGGAAGCUACAGCAGAGAGCGGCCCAUCGACCGUCGUGGCUCAGGAGCCAGAGGAAGUUGACGCUGGCGACAAGUUCAAGCAAAAGGUUGAGAACUUUUUGCAUCAUGGAGAUGAACCAGUCGAAGCUGCCACCCCGGUCGUAGUCCCAAAGACUGAAGAAGUCGAAACCGAGGAGACGAUCAAGCAGAAAGUUGGCCACCUAUUGCACCACGAAGAGGAGCCCGUCGAGAGCGCCCCCACACCCGCUCCCGUUGUUCCCGAAGUAGAGGAUGACGAGACUCACGAGACAAUCAAGCAAAAGGUUGAUCAUUUGCUGCAUCACGAAGAAGAGCCGGCCGAAAGCGCUCCGGCUGUCGCUACCCCAAAGCCUGAAGAGCCAGAGGCCGAAGCUCCCGAAACCAUGAAGCAAAAAAUGGAUCAUCUGUUGCAUCACGACGAUGAUAGUGAUUCAUCAAAAUCCUCAUCAAAAUAG